AUGGAGAAGGCAGGGGCCUACCUGAAGGGUGGAGCCAAAAGGCUCAUCAUCUCUGUCUCUUCUGCUUAUGCCCCCAAAUUUGAGAUGGGUGUGAAUCAUGAGAAGUAUGACAACUCACUCAAGACUGUCAGUAAUGCUUUCUAUACCACCACCUGCUUAACCCUGUUGGCCAAGGUCAUCCAUGACAACUCUGUCAUUGUGGAAGGACUCAUGCAUGAUGGCCAUGGGGCUCUCCAGGCUAUCAUCCUUGCAUCUGCUGGUACUGCUAAGGUUGUGGGCAAGGUCAUCCCAGACCUGAACAGGAAGCUCACUGACAAGGCUUGUGUUCCUACCUGCAAUGUGUCUGUCAUGGAUCUGAUAUGCCACCUGGAGAAAACUGCCAAGUAUGAUGGCAUGAAGAAGAUGGUGAAGCAGGCAUCACAGGAGCCACUAAAGGGUAUCCUUGGCUACACUGAGGACCAGGUUGUCUCACAUGACUUUAAUAGUGGCAUCCAACAUUCUGCCUUUGAUGAUGGGGAUGGCAUGACUCUCAAUGACAACUUUGUAAAGCUCAAUUCCUGGUAUGAUGAUGAAUAUGGUUUCAGAAACAGGGUGGUGUACCUCAUGGCCUACAUGGCUUCCAAGAAGUAAGAAGCCCAGGACCAUCUAUCCCAACAAGAGCAUGAGAAGCAAAGAAAGGCCCUCAGCUGCUGAGGAGAUCCUGUCUCAACUCAGUCCCCUACUGAGCAUCUUCCCUAACAGUUUCCAUUACUAAACCACAGAGGAGGAGAGGGACUUAGGGAGCCCCAUUCUCUUGGAUAUCAUCAGUAAAGUUCACUGAACCCCC